CUUCCUUCUUCUCUCCCUUCCUUAUCUCCUCCUUUCCUCCCAUAUUUAUCUCUUCCCUUUCUCCCUCCCUCCCUUCUUUAUCUCCUUCCUUUAUCCCUCUCUUUUAUGUCCUUCCUUCCUUAUGUCCUUCCUUCUUCUCAUUUAUCUUCCUCCCUCCCUCCUUUAUCUCUUUCUUUCUUUCCUUCCUCCCUCCUUUCCCUCAUUUAUCCCUUUCCUCCCUCCCUCCCUCUUAUCUCCUCCCUCCCUCAUUUAUCUCCUUCCUUCCUUCCUUCCUUCCUCCUCUCGGAGCCUCCCUUGGCACCGUCCCCGUCUUUCCUGGCAGCGACUCCCUGCUCCCGCCCCGAGGAAGGCGAGGGAUAAAAACCCUCCGCUUUGGAGCAGCAGCACCAGCCAGAGACCGCCGCCGCCGCCGCGCGCUUCCCGCUUUUCCAGCGGGGCGGAAAGAGCGGCUUCUCAUUGCUUCGCUUUUUGGUGGCCGCCGCUUCUCUCUCACUCCGCUUGGGUCGGACGGAGCACCUGCUCAACCGAAGGAAUUCUCUGGUGCCCCAUCGUACCCUGAUGCUUUGGAGAAUGAGCACCUGUGGCAGGAAAGCGCUGACUCUGCUCAGCAGUGUCUUUGCUGUGAGUGGAUUGGGAUUUCUGGGGAUUGCAGUGAGCACCGACUAUUGGUUGUAUCUGGAGGAAGGGAUCAUCCUGCCCCAAAACCAAAGUACCGAAAUCAAGAUGUCUCUGCAUUCUGGCCUCUGGAGGGUUUGCUUUUUGGCAGGUGAAGAACAUGGGAGGUGUUUCACAAUAGAGUAUGUCAUGCCCAUGAAUGUCCAGCUGACCUCUGAAUCAACUAUCAAUGUUUUAAAAAUGAUUCGUUCUGCCACCCCGUUCCCCCUGGUGAGUCUCUUUUUCAUGUUUAUUGGAUUCAUCUUGAGCAACAUUGGGCAUAUCAGGCCACAUAGAACCAUCUUGGCUUUCGUGUCUGGAAUCUUCUUUAUUUUGUCUGGUUUAUCUCUGGUGGUGGGGCUCGUAUUAUACAUCUCCACCAUCAAUGAUGAAAUGCUCAAUAGAACCAAGGAUUCGGAGACAUACUUCACUUACAAAUAUGGCUGGUCAUUUGGUUUUUCUGCCAUUUCUUUCCUCCUAACUGAGAGUGCAGGUGUCAUGUCUGUUUACCUGUUCAUGAAAAGGUACACUGCUGAAGAAAUGUACCGGCCACACUCUGGCUUCUACCGACCCCGUCUUAGCAACUGCUCAGAUUACUCAGGCCAGUUCCUUCACCCCGAGGCAUGGGUCCGGGGACGCAGCCCUUCUGACAUCUCCAGCGAUGCCUCCCUCCAAAUGAACAGUAAUUACCCGGCUCUGCUUAAAUGUCCUGAUUAUGACCAGUUGUCCUCUUCCCCGUGCUGAAGGACGACACCCCCUCUUGCUUUUUAGGGAACAAAAUGACAACGGAGGCCGUGGGUCCUGAAUCUGCACUUUUCUUUUUCCAAUGAAUGAUAUUCUUCUUACUUAGAAAUGGAGAAGGGUUUCCCUUCCCAUCCCAGCAAUGCGUGUAGGAGUAGUCAAUGAACUCUAGUGAGGCCUUUGAUCCUGCACUUGAUCCUUAUGAUGUCAGAUCCUUGGAGCCCGAGAUACACAAUAGCUCGGGCAAAGAAACCCUACCCACUGUGAAAAUCUGGAUAUUGGAAAGAUGAUUGGGCAAGGGGAUUCUCUUGGUUCGCAGGCUUUUAGCAGAAAUGUAUUAUCACCCUAAGGAACAGAUGAUAAUGCCUAGUGAAUUUAGAAAUUCACAUCAUUACUUACCGGUAGCUCCUUUUUUAUAUAUAUAAAAUUAGUAGCUCGUUAACAGGUAAUUCAUAGUCUAAGCUAAACGUGUAUUUAGUUAAAAGCAUUUCCUUUUUGCAUAUCAUUAUCCUAGAAGAUUGAAGUGUUCACUGGGAAACACAAUUAACUCUCAUCAAGAACCACAUUCUAAUUUGGCAGCUUCUCAACUAGAUCAAAUCUUUUGUUUCUUGAAAAGCAACAUCUUAACAAUAAAGUGCCUGAUGCUGUGUGAGUACAAACAAACUUCUCGUUUUCAAAUCACCAUAGCUUUAUACUUCUAAUAAUAAGUUUAUGGCAGAUCAACAAAAUGUUCUUAUUCUGUUGUAAAAAUGACUGAACAAGAGAUCUGAUGCCAAAGUGCAAUUUAGCAGUGUGGGCUUCUCCAUUGAGAGUGGAGACAGCAGCCAGCAUGGGUAGU